AUGCCAGCAUUGCCACCAAGCCCUCCAUUCCCAGCAUUGCGACCUCCGCUCGAGGCACCACCAACACCACCUUGGCCACCAGAACCACCCCUACCCCCUGUGAAAGAACCUUCAGUACCACCACCGACACCACCGUUUCCAGCUCCACCACCAUCACCACCAAUACCGUCGAUACCUACUCCGCCAUUCCCACCAUCACCACCAUCUCCUGCGACCACCAUUUCCUCCAUCUCCACCAUUUCCACCACACCCCCAUUGCCUCCUUCACCUCCAUCACCGCCUUCACCUCCAUCGCCACCUCUACCGCCGUCCCCACCAGGCCCACCUGAGCCACCUCGACCUCCAUUUGCACCUAUUCCACCAGCUCCACCGUCUCCCGUGUCCACCAGAACCAGACUGCGCGCCUCCGGAGCCUCCACUACCACCAUUUCCACCAUCGCGUCCAGGACAUCCAUCAGCACCACGACCACCAUUUCCACCAUUUCCAUUGGAAGAGACAUCUCCACCAUCACCACCAGCACCACCAGCACCAGCCAAGAAACACACACCACCAUCACCUCCAUCACCACCAGUGCCAUUCACUGCAAGACCUCCAUUUCCUCCACGUCCUCCAGUGCCACCCAUUCCAGAAGUUCCUCCAUCUCCACCUCUUCCACCCAAUCCGUUUAUGGUUCCACCUCCAUCACCACCAUUGCCACCAUCCCCACCAGGGCAUCCAUCGGCACCACGACCACCAAUUCCGCCAUUUCCGUCUCCUAUCACUUCACCACCUGUUCCACCAUCACCCCCCGUACCACCAUCUAUACAAAUACCACCAUUGCCAGCGUUUCCACCAUUACCAUCCCGUGCUGGACCGCCAUUUCCUCCCCGUCCACCAAUAGCACCAGCUCCACCAGGUCCUCCUUGCCCUCCUAUACCACCAUUACCUCUUAACA